AUGGCAGAAGAUCUCGUUGUCGGGAUUGAUGUUGGAAUGAGCGGUACCGGUGUUGCGUACAGACGCAAAGGGUAUGCCAAAGUGACUACCCUGGGAUGGGGCAACGAUAUGAAGGAUCCGAAAACGCCCACGCGUGUCUUUUACAAUGUCCACCAUCAGCCGCCGAAGCUUGUUGGAUGGGGAAUGGAGGUCCCCAACGACUCUGUCGAUCAUCCUCAACUAAAAGAAUGGUUUAAAGUCGACCUUGGAGCAGUUAAUGCUGAUAGGGUUGAAGUUAAAAGGAUUUAUAAAGACUUUCUGACCUCUUUGUUUCGCGAACUAAGCACACAGCGGUUUACACCCGCUUUGCUAGGAGGCAAACAGUUCGAAGAGACCAGGGUUUUAUUCCUUUUUAGUGUGCCCGCCCUAUGGGACCCGGCUGUUGUCCAUGAUUUUACGCAGCUCGUUCGUGAAUCUGGCUUCGAAAAGGAGGGCCUUCGCAGCGUUAGAGUCACCAUGACAGAGCCCCAAGCGGUCGCUGCAUAUGAGAUUUGUGUACCAAAUCCUUCUUACCAACUCAAGAACGGGCAAAAUGUUUUGAUCGUUGAUGCUGGCGGUGGAACCACUGAUUUCUGCCUCUUGAAGAUGGACGGUAGCUAUGAGAAACCGCCCCAAGCCAUGGAACUGGCACCACCAGCAGCCUGUGCAACUGGCUCUACGUAUAUCGACCGAGGUUUUGAGGAAAUGGUGACGACCUAUCUUCAGGAUAAGCGUGAUUCUUUGGUAAGAGACAUUGAGGAUGUCAGUUGGGACAUGCGAAACAGCAACCUAUUCCACACGAGAAAACACGGAUUUGACUCCGAUACCUGGGACGACUUGAAAUUCAAGAUUCCUUCCAAGAACAGCGCUGUCGCUUCCUUUGUUCUGACUAGUGAAUCUCUCGGUUCUUUGUUCGACCGCCAGAUUGAUGAAAUCACCCAAAGAAUUGGGCUUUUUGUCGGAGCAUUCCAAACAGACAGCGAGACCGACUACAAAAACCGUCUUGACUAUAUUAUCCUCGCCGGUGGACUUGGAAGCUCCCGCUAUGUUCUACACAAGAUAGAAGAAUUUAUCGCCAAAUCGCAGUUCAAAAUUGCAGCGAACCCCAAAGUCGUCAUGUCAGCUGCUCCUCGACUGGCUGUUUGCAUGGGCCUGGUCUACAAUGCGGGCCGUAACCCAGAGCUUUUCCCACGACGCUUCAAUCGAGUCUCAAUCGGCGUGGCGUCGCAGCCAUUGACAGGUGAAAUUAAGCAGCGUCGCUUGCGCAAUUUCCUUAAACGAGCAUUCCUGCGCGUCCCCAAGGGCCAGAAGGAUGGGGGAGAAGUGGAGUGGGUUCUCGUCAAGGGGGAACUUGUCCCUGACCGAGUCGCCGUUCAUGAACAAACAGCGUACUUCAGUGCGGAUUUGCCAUCCGACAAGCGGAUCUGGGACCUCGCGGUUCUCCACAGCUUCGAGAGCGACAUCGACCGGUUGACGCUUAGAGAUAACUGUCGCGUCUAUUCAGUCCUCAGAGUGAAUUUGUCGCAUAUUGGCGUACCUGAGAAGACUGGGACAGGAGACGCCCUAGCAAGACUCAAUCUGGCUCCAAAGCCCAAAGUUCCGAUCAAAUUUGACCUUCGGAUAGAAGUCGGACUAGCCACUGCCGAAAUUCAUUGCACUGAUAAGAAGGGGCGGCUUUGCAGCGAACCCAUGAGUAUCGAGAUAGACCAAGUAUCUGAAAGCCUUCCAUCCACCGGCCAGAGUGCCGUAGGUCGUCUUUGA